AUGGAGAAGUUGUCCCUGGAAGGGAACGACCUGUGGACUAUCAACGGCUCACUGAUCAACUCCAGCCUGAGCCUUGAGAACCGGACUUAUGGGGUCAACAGCACCACUGAUCCCCUGAAGAGGAAUGAGGACAUGGCCAAGGUGGAGGUGACGGUGCUCUGCCUCAUCCUCUUCCUCGCUCUGACGGGCAACCUGUGCGUGCUGCUGGCCAUCCACACCACCCGGCACAAGCACUCCCGCAUGUACUAUUUCAUGAAGCACCUGAGCAUCGCUGACCUAGUGGUGGCCAUUUUCCAGGUUCUGCCUCAACUCAUCUGGGACAUCACCUUCAGGUUCUAUGGGCCAGAUUUCCUCUGCCGGCUGGUCAAGUACCUGCAGGUGGUGGGGAUGUUUGCUUCCACUUAUAUGCUCCUGCUGAUGUCCUUCGACCGGUGCCUGGCCAUAUGUCAGCCCCUGAGGUCAUUGCACAGGAGGUCUGACCGGGUAUCUGUCCUCCUCACCUGGCUGCUAUGCCUGCUGGUCAGCAUCCCCCAGAUCCACAUAUUUUCCCUUCGGGACGUGGGCAAUGGGGUGUAUGACUGCUGGGCAGAUUUCAUCCAGCCCUGGGGAGCCAAAGCAUAUAUCACCUGGAUAACCCUGACUGUUUACAUUAUCCCUGUGCUGAUGCUAAGCGUCUGCUAUGGCUUGAUCAGCUUCAAAAUCUGGCAGAACGUGAAGCUAAAAACGGCCCAUGAGAACAACAUGAACCUGUCCUCCAGCGGUGCGGGCCUCUCCAGGGUCAGCAGCAUCAAGCUAAUUUCUAAAGCCAAGAUCCGGACAGUCAAAAUGACCUUCAUCAUAGUCUUAGCUUUCGUAGUGUGCUGGACUCCUUUUUUCUUUGUGCAGAUGUGGUCUGUGUGGGACAAGAAUGCUCCCAAAGAAGCAUCCCCAUUUAUCAUCGCCAUGCUCCUAGCAAGUUUAAACAGCUGUUGCAACCCGUGGAUCUACAUGCUUUUCACGGGCCAUCUCUUCCACGACCUUAUACACCGGUUCCUCUGCUGCUCCACACGCUAUUUAAAAUCCAGGCAAGGAUGUGACCUGAGCGUCAGCAAAAAAAGCAACUCCUCCACAUUUGUCCUGAGUUGCAGGAGUUCAAGUCAGAAGAGCUUCACUCAGCCUUCCACAGCCUGA